GUAGAACCAAUUCGCGUCUUGAUUACGGGAGCAGCUGGACAUAUUGGAUAUGAUUUGGCAAAUCUCAUUGCACAUGGUUCCAUGCUGGGGAAGCAUCAGCCGGUUAUUUUGCACCUGUAUGAUGUACCAGGCAUGUUACCCUACAUACAUGGUCUGGCGAGUGAGCUGAGGGAUUGUUCUUUGCGGCCACUCGAGAAAGUAAUUGCAACAACCGAUAUUUCCGUCGCAUUCGCUAAUAUAGAUGUGGCUAUAAUGCUAGGAUCUAUAAAAAUCCAGGAGGGAAUGGAAAAGAAAGAUAUAUUAAGCGACACUUUAGCUCUAUUUAGAACACACGGCGAGGCCCUUGAAAGGUACGCGAAAAAAGUGGUUAAGGUAGUUGUCGUCGCUCACCCGGCAAACACAAACGCAUAUAUUUUGACCAAAUUUGCGCCGUCUAUCCCUAAGAACAAUUUCUCGUGUCUGCUCCGCCUCGAUCACAAUCGCGCUAAAAUCGCCAAGCGCUUGGGAGUUUCGUGCGGUGCCGUUCACAACGUUGUGGUCUGGGGUUGCCAUGGAAAUACGGAAUUCCCUGACCUCUCACACGCCUAUGUUAUACGCGGAAAUAGGAAGAUACCCGUUCCGAUGGCCCUCGACAAUGAGGACUGGACCAAAAAUGCCUUUGUAAACCACAUUCGGGAUAAGAGCGCUGCGGUUUCAGCGGAGGCAAUGAAGGCAAUAAAUGCAUGCAACCGAGAGCCGACCAUCGUCGAGGGAUUGCCCUUCGACGACUGGGGAGACGACAAAUUUGAAACGACCGCCCGGGAGCUGAUGAGUGAGCGACAGAUUGUCCUUAACGCUUGUAAGGAUGAAUAG